AUGACGCCGUUCGCCGCCCGCCUGGCCGCACCGGCCGCCUUGGCCGCGCUGCUCCUCUUCCUGCUCGCGGCGCCGGCCUCGGCUACCAACUUCACCUGCGAGGCAGUGGGCAAAACGUGCCAGUCAGCCAUCGGAUACGCGGUGCCGAACGCCACCACCUACGGCGAGCUGGUCACCCGGUUCAACACCACGACGACGCUCGCGGAGCUCCUGGGCGCCAACGACCUCCCCGCGUCCACGCCGGCCUCGACGCCGCUGGCAGCAAAGACCACGGUCCGCGUCCCGUUCCGGUGCCUGUGCGGGAGCAACGGCGUGGGGCAGUCGGACGGGGGCCCCAUCUACGUGGUGUACCCGCAGGACGGGCUGGACCACAUCGCCCGGGAGGUGUUCGACGCCUUCGUCACCUACCAGGAGAUCGCCACCGCCAACAACAUCACCGACGUUAACCUCAUCAAGAUCGGGCAGAAGCUGAGGAUCCCGCUGCCCUGCACCUGCGACCAGGUGGACGGCGCCGACGUGAUGCACUUCGCGUACAGCGUCGCCAAGGGGGACGACCCGCCUGGAAUCGCCGCCAAGUUCGGGGUGAUCGAGAACACGCUGCUGAGUGUGAAUAAGAUCACCGACCCCAAUAGCCUGAAGCAGGGGCAGAUCCUGGAUGUCCCCCUCCCUGUUUGCCAGUCAUCGAUCAGCAACACGUCGCCUGAUUACAACCUGCUCGUCCCGAAUGGCACCUACGUGCUCACCGCAGACGACUGCAUCCAGUGCAAAUGCAGUGCAAGCAACUACGAGCACCUAGACUGCAGUCCAAUGCAAGGCAGAAGGUGCCCGGCAGUGCCGGCGUGCAGUGGAGGCCUGACGCUUGGGAGGGCCAACGGCACCGAUUGCGCGUCCAGGAUGUGCGCGUACAGCGGUUAUACCAACACCACGUCUCUCGCCAUACAUACCAGCCUUGUGCCUGCAAAUGAGACUGCGUGCCAGAAGGGAGGAGCUGCGAGAUCGGAGUUUGCCGGGUCCAUGUGGAGGACGUCCGUUAUCGCCUUCCACAUGGCGCUGAUAAUGAUCUGCUUCCUUUGA